UAUUCCAGAGAGGGGAUGAGUGAGAUGUGUGCACAUGGCUUAACGGAGUUCCUCUUUCAUUAAAGAGCUCUUCUCUGGACCAUCUGCCGCUCACUGUCCUCUUAGCUCCUCACAGCCUCCCAAAUCACCAUCCUUCAUUGUCAGCUCUUUUCCACAAAAGGGAUGUAAUUACUGGGGGAAAACAGAGAAAGCAUGGAUGUGUCAAUGGCAAGUGUUGCAGGUCUUGAAGGACCAGGACAUGCAAGCCCUGACCACCUAGCCUAAUUCCCUGGACCAGUUCAAGAGUUGCCUACAUAGCUGAACUACAGAGAAUCUGGAGGUCCACCAAUUCAAGAAAAUGAACCAGGAGGACUUCCAGUCUCGCCCCAUCCAGGAACUGCGGGAAAAAAUCCAGCCAGAGAUCAUAGAGCUGAUCAAACAGCAGAGGCUGAACCGCCUAUGCGAGGGCACCUGCUUCCGCAAGAUCAGCACCAGAAGGAGGCAAGAUAAGUUCUGGUACUGCCGUCUGUCACCAAAUCACAAGGUCCUGCAUUAUGGGGACCUGGAAGAGAGCCCCCAGGGUGAAGUGCCCCACGAUUCCCUGCAGGAGAAAUUGGCAGUGGCUGAUAUUAAAGCGGUCGUGACUGGAAAAGACUGCCCUCACAUGAAGGAGAAAGGAGCCCUCAAACAGAACAAGGAGGUGCUGGAACUGGCAUUCUCUCUUCUGUAUGAGUCAGAUGAAUAUUUAAACUUUGUCGCUCCUGACAAGCACGAGUACUGUGUGUGGACAGAUGGGCUGAAUGCUCUCCUAGGGAAGGAGAUGACCAGUGACCUCACCAAGUCUGACCUUGACACCCUGCUCAGCAUGGAAAUGAAGCUCCGCCUCCUUGACCUGGAGAACAUCCAGAUUCCAGAAGCUCCACCCCCAAUUCCCAAAGAGCCUAGCAGUUAUGACUUUGUUUAUGACUGCAAUUAACCACACCGUGAAUCCAACAGUUUCGUAUUCAGACUGCACGGAACCUUGAAGACAAAACUGGAUCAAUUACUUUUUUCCUUGCUGUUCUUUCUACACAGACUUUUUGAGAAGUUUGAUUUAAUUUAUUUGAAGCACUUACAUUUUCCUGUGAGGCCUUUGGAACUAUCACAUCAUGUCAUGUCACUGGACUGGUAAGACCAGCUGCCAUGAAGCCAAAAGGUGUGUGUGUGUGUGUUGCCUCUAUAUGAACUCUUGGCAUCUACAUGAGGGACCAUUACCAACCCCACUUCGAAUCUCCAAUGGAUUAGAAUUUAAGGUUGUUGUAAAAUGCAAUAUGGCUCUUACUUUAGGAACAGGAUCUGCAAUGAUAUCCUUACCUCAGCGUGUGACUUUUUCAGACUGCAGCUGAACACGAACAUCUCAUAGUUGUUUGUACAAGCAUGUCAACUGUGUCUCAGACUGAGAUUAGAAAUGUGAUUAUCAACUUUUGUUUUCACCAUUCUGGUGCCAUUGUAGCCCUGUCUCAAAUAGACUGUUAAAUCAAGCAUGUGUAGUUCCUAACUU